GGCGAAGGAGAAGGCCGCGCGCGCUCCCGCCCGCCUGCCGUUUCCUAGCCCGAGCCUGUGAUUGGUGCAGGCCUCGGACCUGGCGGACCUCGAAUGCCAGGCCCCGAAAACUGGCAGCCGAGGCGGCCGAGUGUCCUCCGGCCUCCACCCCCGCUCGGGUCCGAGCCCGCCCGGCGAAGUUUUUGAAUGAGCCUCAAUGAUUAUGGAUCCAGGUGGUGGAAGUCUUGGCUUGCAGACACAAGAAUCCAAAAUGCCUCACACUAUGAUUAUGCAGGAUUUUGUGGCUGGAAUGGCUGGUACCGCUCAUAUUGAUGGAGAUCACAUUGUGGUGUCAGUCCCUGAAGCUGUACUGGUUUCAGACGUUGUCACAGAUGACGGGAUCACCCUUGACCAUGGCUUGGCAGCUGAAGUUGUCCAAGGACCUGAUAUCAUAACUGAAACUGACGUUGUGACGGAAGGUGUGAUCGUACCUGAAUCUGUCCUGGAAGCAGAUGUUGCUAUUGAAGAAGCAUUAGAUACCAGUGAUCACGUUUUAACUUCUGAUUUAAUCACCGAAACUGUUAGAGUGCCCGAUCAAGUUUUCGUAGCCGAUCUUGUUACGGGUCCUGAUGGACACUUGGAACACGUGGUUCAAGAUUCGGUAUCAGGGCCUGAUUCCCCCACGAUGGUAUCUGAAGUUCUUGUGACGAAUUCAGAUACCGAAACUGUGAUUCAAGCAGCCGGCACCGUUCCUGGAUCCACAGUGACCAUCAAGACUGAGGAUGAUGACGAUAGCAAGAGCACGUCUGAAGACUAUUUAAUGAUAUCUUUGGAUGAUGUUGGGGAAAAAUUAGACCACAUUGGAAAUACUCCUCUAAAAAUCAGCACUGAAGUUUCACACGGUGAUGUAUCUAAAGAUGAUGGAUUUGGCUCUGAAGUUAUUAAAGUUUACAUAUUUAAAGCCGAAGCUGAGGAUGACGUUGAGAUAGGGGGAACAGAGAUUGUAACGGAGAGUGAUUUUCAUAAUGGACACUCUGUAGCUGGAGUUCUAGAGCAAGGCAGCGUUGGCAGAGUCCAGCGAGAGAAGAUGGUUUAUAUGGCUGUUAAGGAUUCCUCCCAAGAGGAUGAAGAUAUUAGCUGUGCUGAAAUAGCAGAUGAAGUUUACAUGGAGGUAAUUGUUGGCGAAGAGGAAGCCAACUCACUUCCGGAUGCACAGCUUGAAGAUGCUGGUGUGAAUAAAACUUUUGUUCCAGUUGCCUGGGCUGCUGCUUAUGGGGAUGAUAGAAGACUUCCUAGGAAAUAUGAAGACUGUCAAACACCAGGAACAAACUUGGAUGCAAGAUUAGAGAACAAGAAUGGUAACACAACUCAGUAUCUCCAAAUCUGUGACAGCAUUAAUACGAACAGAUUGCUUAAGCAGAAGACUAAGAAAAGGAGAAGAGGUGACGCCCGCCAAUGGCAAACAGCUGUUAUAAUAGGUCCCGACGGACAGCCCUUGACAGUCUAUCCUUGUCACAUAUGCGGGAAAAAAUUCAAAUCCAGGGGAUUCUUGAAAAGGCAUAUGAAAAACCAUCCGGAUCAUAUGAUUAAGAAGAAAUACCAGUGCACAGACUGUGACUUCACAACCAACAAAAAAGUCAGCUUCCACAAUCACCUGGAGAGCCAUAAGCUGAUCAACAAAGGGGACAAAACGCACGAAUUCACCGAGUACACCAGGCGCUACCGAGAAGCCAGCCCGUUGAGUUCCAACAAACUCAUCUUGCGGGAUAAAGAACCCAAACUGUACAAGUGCAAAUAUUGUGACUACGAAACGGCGGAGCAAGGCCUGCUGAACAGGCACCUGCUCGCAGUUCACAGCAAGAACUUCCCCCACGUUUGCGUGGAAUGCGGGAAAGGCUUCCGCCACCCUUCGGAGCUGAAAAAACACAUGCGGACCCACACAGGGGAGAAGCCUUACCAGUGCCAGCAUUGCGUCUUCCGUUGCGCGGAUCAGUCCAACCUGAAGACGCACAUCAAAACCAAGCACGGGACAGACCUGCCCUUCAAAUGCGAACACUGUCCGCAGGCCUUCCCCGACGAGAAGGAGCUGCAGCAGCACACGGAACUCUUUCAGGGGCACAAGACGCACCAGUGCCCGCACUGCGACCACAAGAGCACCAACUCCAGCGACCUAAAGCGGCACAUCAUCUCGGUGCACACGAAGGACUUCCCCCACAAGUGCGAGGUCUGCGAGAAAGGUUUCCACCGGCCCUCGGAGCUCAAAAAACACAGCGAGACCCACAAAGGGAAAAAAAUCCACCAGUGUCGGCACUGCGAUUUUAAGACUUCCGAUCCUUUCGUACUCAGCGGGCACAUCCUCUCCGUUCACACCAAGGACCUGCCUUUUAAAUGCAAACGGUGUAAGAGGGGGUUCCGGCAGCAGAUGGAACUCAAGAAGCACAUGAAGACCCACAGCGGGAGGAAAGUCUACCAGUGUCAGUAUUGCGAAUACAGCACGACGGACGCCUCCGGCUUCAAGCGGCACGUCAUCUCGAUACACACCAAGGACUACCCUCACAGGUGCGAGUAUUGUAAAAAGGGCUUCCGGAGGCCUUCGGAGAAAAACCAGCACAUCAUGAGGCAUCACAAAGAAGCUCUCGUGUAGCACCCAGAGCCGCGGAAGACAAUGCGAUACGGGGAAGGAAAAACUCUCUUGAACUGUUUCUCCUGGUUUCAAAGCUUGAUCUUAAACCAUAACUUUGCAUUCUUUGUAUUAAAAGUCUUUAAAAAAAAAACAAAAAACAAGUAUUACGGUCGACUGGGUAUCUCAUAGCCCUAUGAUUGUUGCUUUUAGGAACCUAACAAGCACUAUAAAACACAGAGAGAUGAUGAAUGUUUGGGAAAGCUGCAGGAGAUCUUGAACGUCUUCUGUUGUUAGAAAGCGUUACAAAACAUUAUGAAGCGAACGAAAAUAUCAGUCCAAUUCCCGUAACUCUUUAGAUCAAUAACGCCAUUUGUCACCUUAAUGAAAACCAGAAGUUCUUUCAAAGUUGUUUUUGCUAGAAAAAUUAUACCACAAGCAGUUUCGAACAGUGAAGUUAGAUAGAAGUCAGUUAUGUAGUCCUUACAAUUUUUUUUUUUUUUUUAAGAAAAUUGUGCUGGGACAUAGUAUUCGAGAAAUGGGUCAAAAUUUUUAAGAUCUGUCUUUUUUUUUUCCCCAUUUUAAAGCAAUCAUCACAUUUCAUAGGUAAAACCUUUUGUUUUCUCCCUUUCGUUGUCAAUUGAGCAAUUUCCAAAGUUUUCUUUCAGAGCUGCUAAUCUAUUUUUUACUACAGGAUUAUCAUGUUGACAAAUACAGCAUUAUGUUUUUUUCCGAGAUCAAAAGUUUGGUGCUAGGGACCGAAACAUGUAUGUACAUAAUUUCCCUUUUUACCUGAAACUACAGCUGAAUGUUUAAUACGGCACAUAUAUUAACGAUUACAAGUAACUUUUGACCAACAUUUUUUUAAAAAAAAGAAGUGGAAAAAAAUGAUAGAUGCAGUUAUGGGGCACUUUUUUUUUCUUUUCUUGUGAGUUCACAACCGUCCUUAAGAGAGAAUAUCGAGGUAGAAAAACGCCAGCCGUUGGAAAAAUCCUAGAGAAUCUUUCAAAAGCAGUGUUUCUGGCGAGUCAGGAUCCAUGGCCCUGGCUUGCUAUUAAUUUUUUAAAAAAAUCAAUAUAGAAACAAAAAUUGCACCUUUUAAAAUAAUUCAUUACGAAACAUAUACCAUGCUAUAAACUUGCAUUCUCAAUCUGUAUGGAAGUUAUGUAUGCAGUAUUUAAUCCGAACAGUAAGCUGCCACUUGAGAGCAGACAUGGAUUUUCAGUUUACAGUGUAUACAUUUGAAAUACGCAUCCCUUUUAAACAAUGCUUUGUGUUAGCAUGCUGCAAAAAUGCCGCUUAAUAUAACAAGCUGGUCUAGGGCUAUUUAAUAAUUUUAAAAAAACCUUCAUAAAUGUUAUACAUACGUGUCCUUUUUUUAAAAAAAACCCGUUUUUAAGUUGCUUCAUGUUUGCACACAGCUGUUCACAUGAUAAAAUUGUAACUUUACUUCAUUCAUGCUACUAUAUUGUGGUUUUGUGUUUCAGAUAAUGUUCAUACUUUGUUUUUGCACCAGAUGAGAAUCAGUUCCUUGAGAAUAAUUUUUUUAUAUAUAUAUUUCCAACCUUCGGAAAGUUAACUUUGGGAAACCAUAGGAAACUACUUGUGUUUUAUGUGGCUGUAAAAAUGAUGUACACGCUGUAAAAUAAGAUUGUCACUGUUAUGUGGGAUUAUUAUUUUAAAAUGUGUUACUCAUUGUAAUGAGCAUACAAUAAAAUGCAUCUCUUGCACUCCAAA